CUUCCGGGUUCAGCACUGGACUGGUAACAGUCGUCUGCUAUAUGGACUUUGGACUUGACUUUGACUAGAUCAUGACUUGUUGUCGAAUUUAGAGUACCAUCUUGAUGUUAUUUCGUGGCGUGAGGUUUUAGGAGGAGUGUCACUAAGUACCAGUAGCCUCAAGAUAUACUGACCCCAGCGCAGGGCAAAGCAACCAAACCAAAGUGGACAGGUGAAUUGCCCCCGUACGGGUGACUCAGCCAUGGCUCCGGUCCGCGCACUGAUCAUUGGAGCAGGCAGCAGAGGAUAUCUGUACUCCAGGUUCUCCCUGGACAACAGUGACCGCUUCCAGGUGGUUGGUGUUGCCGACCCUCGUCUGUUCAGGUGCCAGCGUCUACAGCAGGAGUACAACAUUCCUGAGGAGAAUGUCUUUUCAGACUGGCAGGAAGCUGCGGAGAGGGAGAAGUUUGCCGACUGUGUUGUCAUAGCAACCCCAGACCAGCUGCACAAGGCUCCCGCGGUGGCGUUUGCUGACCGAGGAUACCACAUUCUACUGGAGAAACCCAUGGCAGUUACAGAGGAGGACUGCCGUGAGAUUGUGGCAGCCUGUGAGAGGAACAACGCCAUCCUGUCUGUGUGCCACGUGCUGAGGUACUUUCCACCUGUCAGGAAAAUCAAGGAAAUAAUUGACAGUGGAGCCAUUGGAGAUGUAGUUCACAUCCAGCACAUGGAACCGGUGGGGUUCUGGCACUUUGCGCACUCCUACGUCAGGGGAAACUGGAGGAACACAGCUGGCAGUAGCUUCUCACUUCUAGCCAAAAGCUGUCAUGAUGUUGACCUCAUACGUUACUGGCUCAGUAGUGCAAGGUGUGUCAAGGUAUCCUCCUUUGGAAGUCUCACGCACUUUACACCAGAGAACAAGCCUGCAGGUGCAGCCAGCAGGUGUCUGGAUUGUCAGGUGGAGAACACCUGCCCUUACUCAGCCCAGAAGGUCUACCUGAAGAGAUUGGAACAGGGUCGGACAGGUUGGCCAGUCAGUGUGGUGUGUCCCCGAGAGCCAGUUGACAUAGAGAGCUUGACCGAGGCACUGAGAACUGGGCCGUACGGACGCUGUGUCUACGAGUGUGACAACGACGUUGUGUCCAAUCAGGUGGUGAAUUUCCAGUUUGAUGGAGGCCAGACGGCUUCCUUCAACAUGGUGGCCUUCACACAGGAGAUCUGUGAGCGACAGACCAGGAUCUCAGGCACCAAGGGUGAGCUGCGCUGCUCAGGUCCUGGCCCUGUGUUUGUCUAUGACUUCCUGACGCAGACGUCCACGGAGCAUCGCUGUGCCACAGCGCCAUCUGGCAGGCUGGGGGGAAUGCAUGGCGGCGCCGACUUCUUCCUGAUCGACGCCUUUGUCAGGGCUGUUCAGAGUGGUGACCGUUCUGACAUCUUUACCGGACCGCGGGACACCCUGCAGAGCCACCUGCUGGUGUUUGCAGCUGAACAGGCGCGGCUACUGGACAGAGUCAUUACUGUACAUCCAGACGGUUCUUACAGCUGAGGAGCACAUUAACUCGGAGACAUGGCAAAAGUAUAAUGUGAUUUAUUUACAUGAAGUCCAACACGCACAAUGUGUUGAAUGAUGAAUUCGCAGCACUCAUGGUCUUCAUCAGUAUAAACAACAUACAUGUAUCACUUCAGAUCAUGUGCCUCUGGACCACAUGUCGGAAGUAACAAGUCAUUCAUAUAACACUGUUCCAGGAGGACAGAGGGCAGCUGAUCAGUGCCCUCAAUAUUUUCG